AUGGACACAGACAGCGCGGCAGCUCCCGUCGCCGUCUUCAAGCGUCGAGGCGCAAAGGGCAAGGCCAACAUCCGCAAGAGGCCUGCUACGCCGCCGCCUGCCAACAGCGACUCCGACUCCGACUACUCUUCCUCGGAGGAUGAAGCAGGGCAGCGGGUGAAACGGCGGAAGAAGAACACGGGCGCUAUUACGGCAUCCUCCAAAGACCAGGCUACUGCCAGAGACGACCUUUCAGCCACAGUCUUCACGGCCGACCGCAGCGUUCCCAUAACUGAUAGCAACGAUGCAACAAAACACAGUAACUGGUACGAUGAGGACAGUAAGGACGCACUCUCGUCGAAGAACUUGCUAGGUACAACAAGGGGGAAGUCGUCUCAGGCACCUGACGGAACAUACAAGGGACUAGCGAACCAGACGUCCUUUAUUCAGAAGAACCCAGACGCUCCUAGCAAGACUGUUGGCCCCAUCAAGGCUCCCACAAAUAUUAGAACCAUCACUGUUACCGACUUUGCACCAGACGUGUGCAAAGAUUAUAAAACAACCGGUUUCUGUGGAUUUGGCGACAACUGCAAGUUCCUUCACGCUCGAGAGGACUACAAGCAGGGCUGGCAGCUCGAUAAGGAAUGGGAAAAUGUCACUAAGGGAAAGAAAAAUGUGGGAGGCACCGUGGUGGCGAGUGCGGAUCGGAGCAAGACGGAUAAUGAGGACGAUGAUGACGAAGACGCGAUGUUGGAGAAUAUCCCAUUCGCAUGCAUCAUCUGUAGAGAGGCAUAUAAGGCGCCAGUCGUUACAAGAUGCGGCCAUUACUUCUGCGAACCAUGCGCACUCAAGCGGUAUAGAAAAGAUCCGACAUGUGCUGCCUGCGGGGCAGGCACAAAUGGCGUGUUCAACUCUGCCUCACGCUUGAAGAAGCUGCUGGAUCGCAAAAGAGAGCGCGCAGCGAAGCGGCGCCAGGAGGCGAUAGAGGCCGGAGAAGAAGUGAGUGAUGAGGAGGAAGAGGAGGAUUAA